AUGGUGUCUAAAACAAUAAACAAAGCAUUACCGCUCUCAGGUAUUAUCCAAAAUGCGGUGAAACAAAGCGAAUAUUGUGAGAAAGUCAAUGAAGUUUCUAUCCGACGCAGAAUUAUACAAUUUGAUGCAGCCUAUGGGAUUUUUGAGAGAGCUCAAGAUUACCUUCGUAAGAUCAUCAAAGCCCUUGAACCGAUUGCACGUGACGUCCAGGGAGCCAAUAUAGGUCAGUUACAGUGGAUCAGUGAGGGUUAUCAGCAAUUAAGCAUAAUAUCAUAUAAUUUGGAGGUUUUUGCAGAUGCAUCCGACCUUGUUUCCGAAUUAAAACAAGAAAAGCAUGAUCACCAGGAAACAAGAAUACUUAAUACGUUACCUAAGAUAGCAGAGCAGGUGAAUCGGGCACGGAAAUGUACAGAAGUGUUAAUUAAUACAUCUUCUAUUGCUAUGCAAUAUAAAGAGAUCAACCACAGCAUCAUGGAAUCAAUUAAUAAAGAGAUCGAAGAAAGCCUCAAGGAUGUUUCCAAACUCAACACUAGAUACACAAAAUGUCAAUUUGACGAUGUAUCAAUAUGCUUCCAUGAUUUGGUGAGCGCUACAGACAAACUACCUCAAUAUGGAAAUGGAAGAUAUUCGCGAGGCCUUCAUAUACCUCUUCUCGAUAAGGAAACAAGACUAUUGACGGAGGAUUUUGCGUGUUUGUGCUUCAAGGCCGAACCAAUAAGUGCUUCUAUAACGUAUAUUCCUCAGCAACUAGAGUCAUUUAAUCGACUUUCAGGGAAGGCAUAUCCAUCAUGCACCAUCGAACUUAUAAGGAAAUACCAAGGGCUGGUUAAGAUGUACAUCAACCUAGAUGAUCAGAUCAGCUCUCUUUGGGAUAGACUAAUAGGUGCAAGAUGGCAGCAUAUUUUUCAGGGGUUAUUGGAUGAGGCAAACAACCUUCUCACCCGAAUGGAAAAUACAGUGAUUGUGGAAGGAAGUAAGAUGAGGUAUGUGAAUUCCAUUUUGGAAUAUUUAAGCAAAAUACUACAGGGUGGAUUUGUGAAGGACAAGGCACUAGGUGAAAAAUACGAUUCGCUGGUAGCCAGAGUUGCCGGAAAGGAAGUAAACAAUAGAGACGAUGGACGCGACGAUAGUGAACUAUCGGCAUCUCCAAAUUCUUCUACCCGAGAUAAAGGGAAUGUCGAGAAUGCUUCGUCUAAGCGGUUAUCCGAAUUUAAAGGUCAAAAUUUUAUUAGAUCGCUAGAUAUAAAGCCGGUGAUGAUAAGUGGUCCUCCGAUUUCUGUGAGGAGACCUUGUUCCAGUAAGGAUCUAGUGAAUUCACUGGGUGCAAAUGAAAAGGCGAAAUUAAAAAUUGAUUCAAAAAAAGUUAUAGCGAGAUUAAUGGGAGAACUUCAACUCCCACCCGAGGAUGGUACAAAUAAGGAAAAUAUGGGGCCUACAAGUGUUGCGAGCAGAGUUAGGAAAUAUGAGGAUAAAUCUGUGAGUACACCAUUGAGAAGUAUUCGACUGCCAGAGACCCCAAAUCCAUUUGUCACUCCCAGUAUAAAAAAUAAGCCAAGAAAGUCGAGACUACCGAGAAGGACGCCGUCCGAUAAGAAAACAACGAAAUCAAUGAUUAGAUCGUCAUCACAAAUAACACCAAUUAAUGAGCGACCGAAAAAGAAAGCUUCUCUGUCUCAUGGUCUUAACGAAUUCGAUGUAUUACCGGAAGAGGCAGAUAUUUCAAGAAAAAGCCGAAUACCACUUCCACUCAGACCUGAAUCAAGGAUUUCUAUUCGAAAAUCAACUCUGGGAAACUCUACAACUGGCGAUAGGAGAAUACACAGCAUGGGCUCUUACGAUAGACCAUCAUCAAGACUCGAAAAACUAGGUACCAAGCUUUCUUCAAAAAAUGGAACACCCUCUCCAGUCAUAGGGACAAAGCGGUUACAUUCAUUUUCGGUAGCAAGGCCACGAACAGCCCUGUGCAACGAUCUUGAUACUAGGCAAAAGUCACCACCCACGUAUAAUUUAUUGGAUACGUCGCAUCUUAAAGUAAGAGCGAAAACAUCUUUAAGAGGUUCAAAUAUGCAAGGAGCCAAUUCAAACAUAAGAACAGUUUCAUGUGACCAGCUAUACUAUUAG